ACUAGCUCUCUCCCUCCCCCAUUUGCCUUGCUCCCCUGUUCUUCCCUCCCAUUGCCAACCCCUCCAAGAUUCCAACCUCUCCUCAACUUCUCCCACUUUAUAAAGCAACCCCCCUUCCUCUCUUUCUUAAAGCUCUGUCCUUUCUCCUCCAUUUUCUGUCGGCCCCCCACGCAAUGGCUUGUUAUCUCCUCCAUCUCUUUGGCCUCCUCUUCUGGGCUUUGUUCUUCUUGGCUGGCUUUGGCAGAGUCUUCUGCAGCAAGGGCAAUGGUGGGCUGAUCCAAGGGAUUGCUAUAAUCAAUGGAGACUACCCCAUUGCCAUGACUGACGAGGACUUUGUUUGCGCUACCUUGGAUUGGUGGCCACCUGAGAAGUGUGACUAUGGGACUUGUAGCUGGGGACUUGCCUCUCUUCUUAAUUUGAAUCUUUCGAACCCCAUCCUUUUAAAUGCAGUAAAAGCAUUUUCUCCAUUAAAGAUUCGUUUAGGAGGCACUUUACAAGAUAAGGUCAUAUAUAACACUGGCGUUCCUGGACAGCCGUGCGCUCAGUUUGUUAGAAAUGCUUCUGAACUGUUUGGAUUUACUGAGGGAUGCUUGCCUAUGUGGAGAUGGGAUGAACUGAAUAAUUUCUUCCAGAAAGCCGGGGCUGUGAUUAUUUUUGGGCUAAAUGCUCUCAAUGGAAGGGUUCCCUUGUCAGAUGGUUCACUGGGUGGACCUUGGAACUCCACCAAUGCAGCUGCCCUAAUUCGUUACACUGUCAACAAGGGUUACACAAUUCAUGGUUGGGAGCUUGGGAAUGAAUUAAGUGGGAGUGGAGUUGGAGCUAGAAUUGGAGCAGACCAGUAUGCUGCAGAUGUUAUCUCGCUCAAUUCAAUGAUAAACAACAUAUAUCGAGGUUUCCCAUACAAGCCGUUAGUUCUCGCACCAGGGGGUUUCUUUGAUACAAACUGGUUCAGCGAACUCGUCAAUAAAACGAAAGCACCAACUUCGUUGGAUGUGAUUACCCACCACAUAUAUAACCUUGGUCCAGGUGUUGACGAACAUUUGGUGGAGAAAAUUCUUGACCCAACAGUUCUUGAUGGCAUAGCUUCAACGUUCAAUGAUCUCCAAGGAAUUCUCAAGAAUGCAGGAACUCAGACAACUGCAUGGGUUGGUGAAGCUGGAGGGGCUUACAAUAGUGGCCACAAUCUCAUCAGUAAUGCAUUUGUGUUCAGUUUCUGGAGUUGGUUAUNGCUCGGCAUGUCAGCAUUAUAUGAUACAAAGACAUAUUGUAGACAGAGUUUGAUCGGUGGAAACUAUGGUCUCCUGAAUACAACCACAUUCAAACCAAAUCCUGAUUAUUACAGUGCUCUCCUUUGGCAUCGGUUAAUGGGUAAAACUGUAUUAUCAACAAAUUUCAAUGGGACCAACAAAAUACGUGCAUAUGCACACUGCGCAAAAGAAUCUCAAGGAAUUACACUUGUCCUGAUCAAUCUUGAUGGUAACACAACAACUGAAGUGACUGUUACAAGCAAGUCUUCCUUUGUUAGAUCUCUGAAGCAUCACAAUAGAGGUUCGAAAACAAAGCUCAGGGGAUUCACUAGGGAAGAGUACCACCUCACAUCGCCCGAUAAUGACUUGCAUAGUCAGAUAAUGCUUCUGAAUGGUAAACCUUUGGCUGUUGAUUAUAAAGGUGACAUCCCAGAACUUGAACCGAUGAAGGUUGAUGCAACGGAACCUCUAAAAGUCGCGCCAUUUUCUAUUGUGUUUGUGAAAAUUCCGUACUUUUAUGCGCCUGCUUGCAGAUAGGCUUUUAGAGUUGGGUUUAAUUUGGUUUGACCGUGUGUUGAUUGUGGAUGGACUGCAAAGUAGUCUAUCUGAUGAGGAUGAUAGCCGUAAGGCUGAUAGAAAGCUGAUAGAAAUGUGAUUUAUUUUUCAAAGCGUUUGAUUGAAUAAUGAAUGAAAAGAGAAUGAGAAGAAUUUAUAUUUAAAAACGGCGUGGAUGAAAAGUGUAUC